AGCAUCCCAGCAGAGGGAGGGGACAGUUACGGUUUCCCCGAAAGAAGUGUAGGACGUAUUAAUCGUGUAAUUACAGCGGAAGUGUUUUUUUUAAAGGAUUUGUUCCUGAAAGAGAAGAGUAAAGAAAAAUGGCCCGUACCAAGCAGACUGCCCGUAAAUCCACUGGUGGCAAAGCUCCACGUAAACAGCUGGCUACCAAAGCUGCUAGAAAAAGCGCCCCCUCUACUGGUGGAGUCAAGAAACCUCAUCGCUACAGACCUGGUACUGUGGCACUGCGUGAGAUUCGCCGUUACCAAAAGUCAACAGAACUUUUGAUUCGCAAGCUUCCAUUUCAGAGGCUGGUAAGGGAGAUUGCCCAGGACUUCAAGACAGACUUAAGGUUCCAGAGUGCAGCCAUUGGUGCGCUGCAGGAGGCUAGUGAAGCCUAUCUGGUGGGUCUCUUUGAAGACACAAACCUGUGCGCCAUCCAUGCCAAGAGAGUUACCAUUAUGCCCAAAGACAUCCAGUUGGCUCGUAGGAUACGGGGGGAGAGGGCUUAGAAGAAAGCAGUUUUUAUGGUGUUUUGUAGUAAAUUCUGUAAAAUACUUUGGUUUCAAUUUGUGACUUUUUUUGUAUGAAAUUGUUUAUAAUAUGUUACAUUUGUACUUAAGUCAUUCCAUCUUUCACUCAGGAUGAAUGCUAACAGUGACUGUUCACACAAAACUCAGUGAUGUGAGCCCUGUCGCUCAACAGUGACAAGUUGCUAAUAUGCAGAAGGGAUGGGUGAUCUUUCUUGCUUUUCAUGCAUGUUUCUGUAUGUUAAUGACUUGUUGGGUAGCUAAAAUUGUAAGGUACUAGAAUUGAUAUAAAUGUGUACAGGGUCCUUUUGCAAUAAAACUGGUUAUAACUUGA